GGUUAUCAAUGCCGAGAAGUCGGAGUUCAACGAGGACCAGGCGGCUUGCUGUCAGAUCUCCAUCCGGAGGAGAGAGCCAGGCCUGGAGGAAAAUGAAGAAUGGCUGAUCCUGUGCUCCACACAGGUACAGCCCCCUGUGCUCACCCUGCUGCCGGCCCUGGUCCGCACCCAAGGGCCCAGUUUCUGACCGGUUACUACUGGGCACUGUUUGAUGGCCACGGUGGCCCAGAAGCUGCCAUCAUCGCCUCCAACUACUUGCACUACUGCAUCAAGCAGAAGCUGGAGGAGGUUGUGGGAGGCAUCACAGAGGCCUGUCCCCCCAUGCAUCUCAGCGGACGCUGUGUUUGCGAUAGUGACCCCCAGUUCGUGGAGGAGAAGCACAUCCAGGCAGAGGACCUGGUGGUGGGAGCGCUGGAGAAUGCCUUCCAGGAAUGUGAUGAAGUCAUCGGCCAGGAGAUGGAAGCUACAAACCAGACAGGAGGCUGCACUGCUCUGGCUGCCCUUUAUUUCCAGGGAAAGCUGUAUGUGGCUAAUGCUGGGGACAGCAGGGCAAUUCUUGUUCUGAAGGACGAUGUCGUGCCCAUGAGCUGUGAGUUCACACCUGAGACAGAGAGGCAGCGAAUCCAGCACUUGGCUUUUCUUUUCCCAAAGCUCCUGGAUGGCGAGUUCACACGCUUUGAGUUUCCACGGAGGUUGAAGGGAGAUGACGUGGGCCAGAAAGUCCUGUACCGGGAUUACUUCAUGGAGGGCUGGGGAUACAAGAUGGUGGAGAAAGCUGACCUCAAGUAUCCUCUUGUCCAUGGUCACGGGAAGCAGGCUCGCUUGCUGGGGACUCUGUCUGUCUCUCGAGGUCUGGGGGAUCAUCAACUCAAAGUCAUCGACACCAACGUUGAAGUCAAACCUUUCCUCUCUUGCAUUCCCAAGGUGAAUGUAUUUGAAUUUGCUCAGCAUGACAUUAAGGAAGAUGAUGUCCUCAUCAUGGCAACUGAUGGCCUUUGGGAUGUUCUGUGUAACAAAGAGGUGGCCCAUGUGGUCAGGAGCUUCCUUGCAGAAAACAGGGCAGAUCCUCACAGAUUUUCAGAACUGGCCAAGUGCUUGGUAUGCAGAGCCAGGGGAAAGAAGAGAGGCCACCAGUGGAUGUUGGAUGACAGCCGUGAGGCAUCCUACGAUGACAUCUCUGUAUUUGUCAUCCCACUGCAUAAGAGGGAUGAGGACUGACUGUUAGAGAUGAUGCACAGGAUCUCUGUGCCCCCUCAUGUGGUGCUAUUCAGCAUCAACCCGAGACUGAGGGAUUUCUGCUGUGCAUGUAUGCUCCCUUCCAGCAAAACCUGAAAAUGCACAGCUGGUACUUAUGCAGAAGAUAAACAUUAGCUGCUUAAGAACAUGCAAGAGAGGAACAGUGGGCAACAAAUCACUCCCCUUACUCCUUUCUCAUUGUUGGGCCAAGGAUAAAUUGCAAAAGGGGCCAUGCAAGCUGAAGGAUGCUAUUUCCAAGAUCUUUGCUGUACAGCAAGACUCAAAUUCAUGUUUCUAGUGACUCUUCUCCCUUUUUAAUAUUGCAGAAUGAGGAUCAGAUG